UUUAAAAAAAAAUCAUUUUUUUAGUUAAAACUACAAUAUCGACAGGUCAUGUGAUUUUCUCAGUGAUAGGAAAUGAAGAGAAUCGAUAUUAUGUCAUUGCUGGUUCACCAGUAACUGAAGUGAAAAGUUUAAAUAAAUUUUGCCCACUAGGAAAUUUAAUUUUAACUGCUAACGCUUGGGAACAUUGCGCUCCAUCGAAUUAUGAAUAUGUUAUUAUAGAUGAAACUAAAGUGAAAAUUCUUGAAACAAUUCCAAAAAGUUUUAUAAAAACAAAUUCGUCAUUUGAUCAAAACACGAUGAUGAAGAAGAAAACCAAUUUUUCAACUUCCUUUACAACUAAUUCAUUGAUACCAACAGUUUUAAUAAAAAAUUCAUUUUCCCAUUUUGUCACAAAUAUUAGUAAUUUAAAAUUACCGAAUAAUUCUCAAAGACCUUUUACUGGUCGAUUGGGAAUUGCAGAAGCAGUUCACAGUGAACUUGGAAAUAAAUUGAAAUUAUUUAUCAAUAAUUCUGUCGUUAAGGAAAUUGAAAAUGAUCGGACACUUGAUAAUUUAACAGAAAUAAAAAGAGUAACAAUUCUUUCUGUCAAUGUUUAUCCAAAUAAAUCAUCAGUUUUUGAAUUAAUCUCUUUAAUUGAUCAUUGUUGCAUUCUAAUUACAAAUCUAAUUGAAGACAGUAAUGGAACAAUAAAUAUAAAUUUAUUGGAGAAGUUUACAAAUUUUGAAAUAAUUUUUGGCAUCAUCGAUAAUUUUGAUAAUGUCGCAAAAUUAGGAAUAACAAUGGGACGUAAAAUUGUAGACACACUGAAAACAAAUUUAAAUUUACAUGCGAUUGCUGUUGGAAUAUCAACAGGAACAGUUUUUUGUAGUGUUAUUGGACACAUUGCAAGAAGAUAUUAUGCAAUUGUUGGAAGACCUGUUAAAAUAUCUGCAGAAAUUGCUUCCGUUUCAAUAAAUAAAGUUUGUUGUGACACAGAUACAGUCGUUUUUAGUGAAAUUGGAAAACAUUUAUUUCAACAAGGAUUAACAGUAAUAAAUGAAAAUAAAAAAACAUUUUUGUUUGAAUAUAUUGGUGAUCAAAAUGGUUUGUUGGAACAAAAAGUGCAGAAAUUGGAUUUCAUUUAUCCAAAUUUAGAACAAUUUCAGGAAAUGGAAAUUUUUUCCGAAAUUCUCGAUGACAUAAAUGUUGAGAAUCGCAAGUACGCUGGACUUUUAAUUGAGGGAUUAAGUAGAAGUGGAAAAUCAAGAAUUCUCGAUGUUUACGUAACAAUUGCAAAAUCACGACAAAUACGAACAAUUCAAUUGGAUAUUAAUUGUUCCUUUUUAUCUAAAUCUAAUUCAGUUAUUUUUCACAUUUUAGAACAGAUCUUUCGAUGUGAAGAAUGUAAUACAAUAGAGGAGAGAGAAAAAUUUUUAAUCAAAAUAUUAUAUAAAGUAAUCGAUGCUGAUGAUUUUUGUUAUUUCAAUAGUUUAAUGAGAGUUGAAUUUCCAUUAUCAAAAAAUUAUUGCUCAGAAACAGAUAUGGAACGACAUUUAAAACGAGUUAAUAUUGUAAAAGAAAUUUUAAAAAGAAGCAAUGAAAGAAUUUGCAUUUUAUUGGAUAAUGUACAAUUUAUUGACGUAAUGUCUUGGCAAUAUUUAAUAAAAUUUCUAAAUAAUUCUCGAAUUAUUAUCAUCAUGACAAUGAUGAAAGGAAAAAUUUACGACAAUUUUUCCCAAAUACCAUUGAAUAUUCAAAGUCACGAGAGGGUAAAAAAAUUUACACUCAAUGUAUUAACAUCAAAAUCACUUACUGCAUUCGCUUGUCAAUUUCUUAAUGUCUGCGCUAUUCCACAAAAAUUAGAAAGAUUAUUAAUAAAGAACAGUGGCAAUAAUUUAGAAUGGUGUGAAUUAUUUUUAAUGUUAAUUCUACAAGCACGUGGUUUGAAUUUUUUGACAAUGACACAAAAACAAGCAAAAACGAAUAAUUUAAUAUUUUUGGAUAAUACUUUAUUCUCGAAAAUACAUGUCGAUUUACUUCCCGAUGAAGUGGUUCCACCAAAAUCAUGGAAUCGUAUGAAAAAAUUGCCAGUUUGCUUAUUAAAUGAUAAAUUUACCGGAUUCUCCGAUUCACAUUUUCCUAUCGACGGUAACUAUGCUUCCAACAGUUUUGCUACUUUUCAACAAUCGAAAUUAAAAUCAGAUAUGAAAAAUCAAAUUUUUGAGAGGAUGCUUCCACACGAACGGAAUUUAAUAAAGUGCGCAUCAUUUAUUGGCGAUUUUUUCUCACGUGAUUUUUUAAUGCAAAUCAUGGAAAAUUGUAGUACAGAGAAUACGGCAAGAGCAGUGGAAUCACUGAUUCGAAUUCGAAUACUAGAAUGUGCUUCAAUUCGAAGAUCUCUAAAUUUAAGGAAUAAAACGAAUAUUUGCAGUUUUCGAAAGAGAAAUUUUUCCGAUGUUCAUCAUUUAAUUGAAUGUCACUGUUAUGAAAUGAAAUCUUUUGUACCAAACAAAUUGCCACACUAUGCAUACUGUAAAUUUUUGGAAUUCAAAUCAACUGCUUUUCGUGAGAAAAUUUACAAACUACUUACAUCUGUUGAAAAGGAUGGAUUCUUUUGUAAAACAGUAAAAAUACUCGAUGAGAAAUUUCGAAAAUGUGAAGCAUGUGGAGAAGGGGAAUUUUUGCGACAAAAUACGAAUGAGGUUUUAAAUUUAAAUGAUUGUUCAUCAGUGAGUCAACAAUUGAACAUAUCACAACCAUUGUCAUAUUCUCGUAAUGCAAAAAAAUGUAAUUCAGUUGAACCAGAACCAAAAUCUGGUUUUUUACAAAUGAAAAAUUUUAAUCACAUUGACCAUCGUAAUUGUCAAUGUUCCGUUAUUAUUAAUUCAGUGUUAUGGAAAUUUCCUGCCCAUAUUGAUAAAAGUGGAAAUAAUUGUUUUUUAAUAAGAUUCUUAAUACAAUACGGCGCAGCUUUAAUAGAAAACGCUGAAUUUGGAUAUGCCAUAAAAAUUCUCUCAAUGGCCCUUGAAAAAAUUCAAGCAUCAAGUAUUGACACUGAGGAAAAUAGGGACAGCAAAUCUUUGAUAUAUUGCUUAAUUGGGAACGCCUGUUUUCAUUUGGGUCGAUAUAAUUUGGCGAAAAUAAAUUAUCUACAAGCAUUAUCAAUGUAUAAUUAUAAAUUUAAAACAGGAAAUAACUUCUCUAAAUGGAAUUUAAGAUUAGAAACAUUUUUACGACAAAAUUUUAUGCAAAGAUUUAUGUCUUCUGGUUUAAAAACAAUUUCAAAGGAUACAAUAAGAAUUUCCCAAUUAUUAAGUUUUCUUUCAGUUGCUUUAUUGAUGGAAGGAAAACAAAAAUCAUCCCUAAGAGCAUGUCACGUUAGUGUUAAUCUAGGUUUCAGAAAUACAAAUACAUUGGAUUUUUUGGAAAAAUGUCAAUUAUUUUUAUUGAUAGCGAAUAAUUUUGAAAAAUUAGAAAAUUAUCGACUUCUGCAAAUAAUAAUUUACAAUAUCUUUUUAAUGAUAAGAGAAAAGGAAAAUUGGUCAAAUUUAGAGGAAUUAAUUGUUCUCGCAAAUGUUUUUCUCGCAAUAAUUAAAAUCAAAUUCCGUCGAGGAAGUUUUGCAAAAACAGUGGCAAUUGGUUCAAAACUUUUACGACUAACGGACAUUUUGCACUUGAAUAAAAUAAAAUUAAUUGUACUUCCUUUAAUUAUUGAAUCAAUGAUACGACUCAAAAGAAUUAAUCAAACAGUGGAUUUAAUGCAUGAACUUUUAUAUUUAUCACCAAUUGACAGUGAUAAAUCAUCUCUUGCUUGGUACUACGCCCUUUGCAUAGAUCUCAUUUUAGAUGCUGGAAUUACACUAGAAACGUAUCAAACAUGCUUAAAUUUUGCUGAGAAAGUUAUUGAUAAAAAAUAUCCCAUAACUAGAGAUCCUGAAGGCAAAAAACGUUUGAUUGUGUCAUUACGAACUUGGCAACUAAGAAGUGGAAUUACUGUUAAUAAAAUUUUACCACUAUCCGUAAAGUCGUAUUUAAAUCUAACUAAACUGGAUGAAUUGUCGGAAGGCAUAACUGCUUGUAGGAUUCUUGAAUGUCAUUUAUUGACUUUAGUGAAUUACAUGAAUGUAAAAAAGUAUCAGGAAUCUGAUAAAUUAAUGGAGAAAAUUUCUAAAAUCAUCAAAUUACUCGAAAGCAAAUCGAAAAUAAAUAUUUUCAUUAAACCACGAUUAUAUCUAUUAAAAGCUUAUUUUUUUAUAACGAAGAAUGAAAAUUUUUCCAAAACCCUAAAUAUAUAUAAAGCUAAAAAAUUAGCAAAAUAUCAUGGUAAUUUAAUGGAUUUCGCUUCGAUUGUUCAAAAUGAAAAGGCUUGGAAAACGACAAAUUACAGAAAUAUUCCUUCAUACUGGAUUGAAUAUAUUUCAAAUGGUGAAGGAAUUGAUUGGAGAUAUAUUGACAGUUUUAAUAUUUCUGAAUGGACGACAAUAUUAUAUUCUAUGCCUAUACCUGAUCCAAUGUUUUAA